AUGAAUUUGAAGGACAAUGGAAAAUUAACCCGGGGUAUGAGCUAUUGUGAGAAGCAAAAAGAAGUUCCAGAAGGCUCAAUACGAGCAAAGAAAGGAUCAAUCCAAUCUUUCGUUAUCAUCGUACCGGUUGAUGCGUCCGCCUUUCCACCCAUCAUACUUCCAGAGAGCACGUUAUGUAUGGCUGCUCUGUUGAAUAUUGGUUGGACGGACGAGGCAGCGGGGACAAUCUUUGACUCUUGA